CGUGUCAAAGCGCACACGUCGACGCAGUUGGAUUGUCGGAGCAUAGUGUACACACCUGUUUAUUGCUCCGAAAACUUUACAUACUUUAUUAUACGUACAGUGACUGAAAUAAUAUUUAAAUUAUUUAUUAUUUUAUUUCAAGUUUUACCGAAGUAAUUUUGGUAAACAAAAAACAAUAAAAAUGGCACCAAAACAAAGAAUGCGUAUUGCUAACGAAAGAGCCACAAAAAAUAUCACACUACGUGGAAAUGUUCCCAAGUCAUCGAAACCACAAGAUGAUGGAUCACCAGUUGGACCUUGUCUUUUAGCACUCUUUCUCUUUGUUGUAUGUGGUUCUGCUGUAUUCCAAAUAAUUCAGAGUAUUAGAAUGGCUUAGGAAAACCAAAAGCAUAAAGUUAAAAAGAUGUUGCUGUUGCUGUUAAUAUGAAAAAAAAGUCUACAUUUUAUUGGUACACAAGCGAGAUCAACAGACUGUUUUAUUGUAUAUUAUGAAAACAUGUAGGCAUCACAAUGAUAUUGACACAAAACUGAACUCAUAU